AUCAGUCAAUAAAAACAAUAACAUAAGUAAAAAAAAAAGGAAAACCAUGUUAUGUUUCAACUUUUUUUUGCUAAUACUGCUUCUAUUUAUUAAUUUUGACGUUGGUGAUGCGCAUACUGGAAUGAAAAAUAAUUCUACAACAGUGCCUACUUUAUGUAAUCAAUGCUUGGAGUCCGAUUCGUGUCAAUCCAACUUGACUUCGGACGUUUAUCAUUGUGAUGAAACAUAUUGUAUACCAAAAUCGUUUGUUUGCAACGGCAUACCGGACUGUCUUCAAGCCCAAGAUGAAGCUGUAUCUGAAUGUGGUAAUAUAUUGAAAAUUUUAUUUUUAAACUACACUAUUUGCGUUUUUUUAUAAGGUAUAGAGUUUAUAAAGAUAAUUUUCUUCAAGAAAAUCAUUAUAAAUUAUAAAUUAUAAAUAAACUUUAUUUUAUUGAUUUUGAAGUACAUAUACCAAUACGAUUAGCAAUAAGUACCUAAUUAUAUGAUAUAAAAGUUUUCAAUUCAUUACUACCUAUUUUUUAACAUACAAAUAUACUAUAUAGUUUACAUAUGUCAUAAUAUAAAAUAAAUACAGAAUCUAGGUCAAUUGCCACCCCACUAUUUAGUAUUUACCCAUCACCUAAUGGAUUUUAGGGAUAGCGGACAAUUGCCACCUGUAUGUGCAUGAGUCCCACCCAUAAUUUAUUACAAUGAGCUUGUGGCUUUACGAACAAUUUUUUUUUUAAAUUCUAUUAAGAUCAACUUUAAAAGAAGCUUUGUUGAAUUUCAUCCCUUAAGUAUUAAAAUCUUACAUUUCACAAAUGUUGAUAUUUAAAACGGAUUUUAAGGUUUAAUAUCAAAUAUGUUUCCUUUAGAUCCUAUGUAGGUACAACCUUUAC